AUGGACACCUCGGCCCCCAAGGCGAUUCUCACAUCCGACAAUUUCUCCCAUGCACAAGAGAUCUCACGCGCCACCUCGCCAGGUGGUGAACCAGUAGUCAUGAAUGGCGACGGCGAGCCGAAAGCUCGGGUUCGUCCACGAACCUAUCCAUACUUCAAAUACCUACCAUACCAGCUUGAAGAUGAGACCGAGCGGGAUCGGACUCUUCGCGAAAUUUUGAAUCAGCUGUACAUUUCCGUGGAGGCGGGCGAUUUCAGUCCUGGAGCUGUACACUGGACACGCGAGCUGCGAGGAUGGCUGUCACUGAAGUUCGAUCCCACCCGAAAGGAACGGAUCAAUCUAGUGAAGCUUUAUUUCGAGCUUUCGCUAGCUCCGGGUAUUGAUCCUGGUGUUUCAGAGCGCUUUGCUAGCAUGUUCAUGCUACUCACCAAACGCAAGCACUACCUCCGACCAGUGAAAGAUCUCGUCCUCGACUGGAAACCUCUCUACAAGGAGCUGAAGGCCUUUGUACUACCAACCGAGUCUGGCCUGGUUCACUCCACGAAUCUGAAGCGCAAUGUGAAGACGCUCACGAAAAUGUGCGCCUUUUCUCAGCUUUUCUUUGACCCCUGCGAACUACCCGCGAUGCUCGAAGAGUUCCUCCCUCACUAUACUACCUCAUUCUCCGAAGGCGCUUUCGUGGUAGCAGGAUUGAUCAACCUGCUGCUCCCGACAUCACCCCCGCCUGCUGAAAGGGAAGACCUCCUACCACAAACCCAUCUGCCGACACAAUUCCAUCUAUGGUCGCUAGUAGGUCGCUCCAAGACAUUCGACACAACAUACCUGGACUACCUGUCUAGACUGGCCCGGGACUCGCUCCCCGCGGGACAUAUUCCAUUCUCCGAGCAUGGUAUUUUCACAAAGGAUCAAUCAGCUCUUAUUUUCACUGCGAUUCUGCGGUUGCUGGAGAUUCCAGUAGGACAAUCUACAUCGCCCUACAGUGCCUUGGUAGAUAUUUCCUCCGGUCUGGGCAUCAUGCUUGAUCGCGAUACGCGCAAGCACCCCGUGGCUCAUCAUAUUGCCCGCUGGAUAGUGCUGUCGCUCUCUCCGGCCUGUCUAGAAUCCGAGGACUCCAUUCUUAGCCAGCUGGAGGGUCUGAUUCAGGCCGUGGAGACCUUCUUCCACCCUUCAAACUCUGGUAGCUGGACAAAGACUCUUUCGCAGUUAGUUUACUAUUUGACUGAUUUCUUCGUGAUGCGUUGGAACCGCGAGCAAAGUGGAGAGAUGGAGAUUCCAGUCGAGCGACGACUCACCGAGCCUUUGAAGCGUCGCUUCGUGUUGUGCCUGAGGGAUGUAAUCUUCAUGGGUAUCUACGCCAAGAGCAGCACUGCGAUGACUUUCUCCUUGUCUACCCUGCAAGGUCUGGCCUACCUCGAGCCGCAUCUCAUUCUCCCCGGCGCACUGCAGAGAAUUUACCCUUCUCUCCAAGGCUUGGUCGAAGUGCAUCGGACGACCUCUUCUCUUCGCGCCAUGCAAGUACUUUCCCGGGUCAUUACUCGCACAAGAGGAUAUCGCUGCCAUAUGACCACUCUCCUUGGUCUUGCUCUGCCUGGUAUUGAUGCCAACGAUCUUGAUAAGUCUCUUCAUGCUCUAUCGUUCAUUCAGUCGGCAUGCUACAAUAUCCCCAUGGUUGAUAUGACUCAAGGAAGAGAAGAUGUCAAUUGCAACAUGCUUGCACUUCAAUGGAUUACUGGAGAAAUGGAACGUAUGGAGGAGCAAGGAACGGAUUUGCAAUUGAAUUAUGACACUGAACUAGAUGAUGAAACAGAGGAGCUGAUUCUGCGGUCAUCAACUUGCGGCUUUGGCGACUUCACGAUCUCGUUCCUGGGUCGUGUUUUCACUCUCCUCGAAAACUUGCCAGAUGUCACUAGAGUGCGCAAUGGGUCCCCCGAGGAGAACAUUGUGAACACACUCCCCGCCACAUUCAUGCCUUUGCUGGCUUCACUCUCUCCCGAGUAUUACGAUAUUGCACUCUCCAAGAUUGUGGAUUUCGUCUCCAACCACGUCAUCCACCAAGCGCGAGAUGCAAUGGCUUUCAUUUGCAACGCCUUGUGCAAGGUCAAUCCUGAGAAGGCUCUGAAGCGCUUCAUCCCGGUCUUGAUUCAAGCCAUUCGCACUGAAAUUGAGGAGAACGGUGCUGGCUCUACCAGAACUACAGGCACAGAUGUCCUUCCUCGUGACCGUGGCCUGGUCUGGAAUGUCAGCAUGCUGAGUAUGUGCGUGGUCCACGUUGGCGACGCCGUCCUUGCUCAUCGGCAAGAGCUGUUUGACAUCGCGGUCUACAUGCAGCAGAAGUGCCGAGGUAUUCCGACUGUGCACAUCUCAAACUUCAUCCACCACCUCCUGCUCAACCUGACGGGGACUUACACUAGUGACUACUCUCUCUAUGAGAAGGAAGAUACCAAGGAAGGCAUUCAGCCCACUCAUUGGAGUUACAAGCCCGAUGUCCAGAACCUGAACAUCAACUGGCAUGUGCCCAAGCGCGAGGAACUGGAGUUCGCUGUCGAGGUCUUCAAGAAUCAGGCCGAGUCCGCACUGAAGCAUCUCUCGGGAUUGACAAAUGAGACAUCCAGCAUUAAGCGGGAUGGAAGUGGGAAGGAUUGGUCCGAUGAAGUGACCAGGAACCUCGUUCUGCUUCGUCUGCUCUUGUCAGGUAUCUCGGUUCUGUUCAAUCCCAAGGCUGCCUCGAAGUCAUCCGAAGCCUCCGAUACAAACGAGGUUGAAAUGGAAGAUGACUCCACUGUAUCGAAUGGUGUCGGGGAUGAGGACCCCGAGGCAGCGCUCGACAGCUCCGAUGAAUCAGCGAUCAAAGAGAACUUCUCCUACCCCACAGGAUAUCCUCUUGAGGAAGAGGACGUCUUGUACACGACCAUUCACGAAAUCCGCGAGCGUGCAGGAUUCGUCCUGCAUGACGUGCACAGGUUUUUGAGUGAUAAGCAGGAGGACGACGUGCCUUGCUUUGGUGCACUGUACUCGGCCUACCGCUCUUGGUUCGUUGAUGUUGGCAUCGAGCGAUCCGCACAUGUCCUAGAUCGGGUCACCCGCCUGCUGGCUGCUGAUAUCCACCCAUACAAGAUGAGUGGUAUUCGUAAGGACUAUCCCAGGGCGCUGCUCGUGCGCAGGGCAAACGUCUAUCAUCUGCAACGCUUGCGGCACAAUGCUGCUCCGCGACCUCGAUCCAAACUUGACGAGAUCCUACUAUUUGAUCUUGCCGAGUCUUGUGUCUCCCUUUACACCGAAACUCGUAGGAAUGCUCAGAAUGCGGGUGAAUCGGCCCUCAAAUCUGUUUGGGGCGCACGAACUCUCAUCAUUCCCCCUCUGCUCAAGGCUCUGCAAAAGGGUGUCAAGGAGAACGAUCAUGCCCGUAUCAAGGGAGCCCUGUUCUCUUUGCUUUUGAGCAGCGUCGCGAAGACGGUCGGGCGAAACUGGAAAUACACGCCAGCGUUGAUCCGGACUUUCAUCGACGCUAGCGCUGUCGACAAGCCCUCUGUGCAGAAGAUCUGUUCUAGUGCUGUUUUCCAAAUCAUGGACUAUGGCCGCGCCAUGGAACGCAUGGCCAUUUUGGAUCAGAAGAUCAUUGAGGCGAUUGCGCCUAGCGAUGAUGUCAAUGGGGAGAUUGAGCAAAAGCGCAAGGUCAUCAAUAACAAGCGUGCUUUGAUUGAGAAGAAAAAGGCUGAUCUGGCCGAAGAGCUGGUGAACCUAGCCCGAGUCUCUCACUGGAAGAUCGCCAGUCGCGCUGCUACCAUCGUCAUCACGAUGGGUCUUCGUUUCGACUACAUUGCAAGUGACAACUUGAUCGAGCUGGUCACCCUCGGCUCCAUCGAUGAUCACCCUGGUCUGAGAGGCAUGUACUCCCAGGCACUCAUUGCGCUCUUCACUAUGAUCGAUGUCCGGGCUAUCUGCACCCACGAGUACAAGAAUUAUAUUCUCGGUCAUCAGCGAUUCCCCUCGAAGAUCAAGGUGGCCACCCGACCUGAUGAGAAGGAUUGGACUCAGGAGUACUUGGCUAGCUUUGCCAAGCCUGAUGCUGAGUACUACGUUGAUCACGACUUCCCUGGUUGGCUGGUGUGGGGCAAGACGAUGCCUGCGUACAAGUCAAACAUAGGCCGCGAUAUUGAAUAUGACGACGUCGAGUGGAACGUACGGACCCAGAUGGGCAAGUUGUUCACUCGCGAGUGGUUCUCCAAGUUCUUCAUGUAUUUGAAGCAAGAGCCAAGAGACCCGUCUGCCGAUAAGUUCCGCAUGUCUUGUGCUAUGAUGCUGCUUUACGCCUUUGAGCUCAUGCUUCGGGAUGGGCUUACCGCUGCCUCGUUCCAGGAUAUCCAGGAGGAGAUUCAAGCUGUAUUCGAGGAUGGCAGUGACAAGCAUCAGCAUCGUGCCACGGCCGAGAUUCUAGGGGCCUUGAUCAGCUCUGUGACCGAUACGAGUGUGGAGAACCGCGCUCUCGUUUGGGAAUAUUCCUUCCCUAUUGUGCGUAAGAUUUUUACGGACGGUCUUACGCCCGAGAACUCUGGUUAUUGGACUACAUUCCUCCACAUGAUCUUGCAAUGCCGUGAUCCUCGUCGCGCCUGGCCCUUGGUUGACUGGCUUGCCAGCUUCCGCCUAGACAUGUCUACCAAUGCAGCCUUCAAGGAAAGCUCGAAAAUUAAUCUGCUUCACCAGUGCAUCAUUGACGCUGGAUGGCACUUCCAGCUCGAAAAGCCCAUUGUGGAGAACUUCCUCGGCCACUUGGAUCACCCUUACAAGGGAGUGCGUGAAGCAAUGGGCCAGACCCUUGCAACCAUUUACCGCACAAGAUAUCAUGAGUCGUACCCUGACCUCAAACAUUUGUUGGAGGAUCAGAAAGCUGCUUCUUCGGUCGGCACGUACCCCUACCAGCCCUCUGAUGAUUUCUCCAAGAUUCUUCGUGGAGUAUUUGAUCAAAUUGAGCAAUGGCGGCAAGCCAGAACCCCUGGCCAACAGACCCCUUCGUCCUACACUUCUGGUAGUAAGACUGUCCUGCUCUGGCUGGACUCCACCCUCUCUUCUCACGAGUGUACGCAGCUCGUUCCCUUCUUCCCUGAUGUCUUCACUGCUCAACUCCUGCACAUGAUGGACGUCAAGGAAGACCCCGAGCUACAGUCUCUGGCCUACCAUGUUUUCCGCCAUCUUCCUAACAUCCCUUACCCCGCGGAGAAGAACUCCGACUUUGUCCAGACUCUCAUCCGAAUUGGACAGACCUCCCCCUCAUGGCAUCAGCGUCUGCGUGUGAUGAUCAACAUCCAGAUCAUCUAUUUCCGUCGACUCUUCUUACUGGAUCCCGCGGACCGUGACAAGCUCUUCGAGUGUAUUGCCUCCAUGCUGGAAGACCCACAGCACGAAGUCCGCGCCGGUGCAUCUGCCACCCUGUCCGGCAUGGUCCGUUGCUCACCCAUCCUCCUGCGCGACAAGAUGGUUCACCGAUUCCAGGAGCGCUUCACAAGACUUCUGGCAGAUAACCCGCUGCCAAAGAAGCCCAGAAACAUCCGCUCUGGAAUCUCCUCCGCGGUUUCCUCCGGCGCAGGCACUCCUACUCCCGAGCACAACCGACUGAUCAUCGUUCGCCACGGCGCCGUUCUGGGAUUAGGUGCUCUGAUCCAGGCAUUCCCGUACAACAGUCCCCCACCUCGCUGGAUGCCAGAGGCCUUGACUACGCUGAGUACCCGCGCCGCUAAUGACCCAGGUGUUGUGGGCUCCAGUGUGAAGUCGAUCAUCAGCGAGUUCAAGAAGACCAGACAGGAUACCUGGCACAUCGAUGCAAAGGCCUUCACCCCGGAUCAAUUGGAAGACCUAUCCGGUGUGCUAUGGAAGAGCUAUUUUGCCUAA